GCUGGCGGCUUUGAUAGACUGAGGAACACGUAGCUCCCGCAUUCCUGGCAUUCCAGCCGCUGCCUGGCUCGCUGGCGCACCGCGGGACGCAGCCAUUCUACAGCUCGCAGGCACACUGGCGCUCCGUCCUCAACUCGACCGUCGCUGCCUGAAACCACAAGAGCCAUCCCAAUAGCUGGAGCCAGGAUGCGGACUGCGGAAGACUCGUCGGGAACAGUGCUCCACCGGCUGAUCCAGGAGCAGCUGCGCUACGGCAACCUGACCGACACCCGGGCAUUGCUGGCCAUCCAGCAGCAGGCGAUGAGGGGAGGGUGCAGUAGUCCCCGCUCCUCCCUGGAGAGCCUCACUCAGGAGGAGUGCCAGAUGGUGCAGCACUCCACCCGCCAGGAGCCGCAGGGCCAGGAGCACCAGGGCGACCCCUCGCACUCCGAGAACGUACGCCAUCGCCUGCACCAACUGCAGCUCAACGGGGAGCCGCUGCCAUCCUACGAGGAGGCCAAGGCUCAGUCUCAGUUGCUGGCCGGCCACCGGCAAUGGCAGGCAGCGGGUGUGGGCCCUUACCCAGCCGCCGUCACCUGCCACGCACCAGCCGAGUUGAAGCCGAUCACGGGCAGGACCCAGCCAGACCUCCACGGCGACGGCCUCAAGGAGCUGAAACACGGGCACGUCCGCUCGCUCAGCGAAAGGCUAAUGCAACUUUCCCUGGAGAGGAAUGGAGCCAAAGCCCCCGUCGCCAUGAGCUCUUCGCAAAGCUUCCCCCAGUUGUCGAGACACCAGAAGCAGCCGGUGGUGCUUGCAGGGUACCAGGGCUACUGCCAUUCCCUGGACCACCGCGACCCUCCCCCUGAAUACUAUCCCACUGCCAGGCAGGCAGCUCCCAGCCUCGCAUCCACCCAGCAGUUCUACGAAGAGUCCUCCACACCGUGGUCUGUUGGCAUGCAGAAUGGGGCAGAGAGACGUGGCUACAAUACCCAGGGACAAGCACCCAGGGUGACUCGAGCUGAAGCAUUACAUCCUGCCCAGCAGCAGAGACAGCAUCUCCUCUCCUCUCCGCAAAUGGAGGUGGUAGUGGUCACAGGGGCGCCACAUGACAGCUGCCAGUUUGUGCCAGUGGAUCACGUGGCACUGAUAAACCGUGCCCAGCAAAUGGUCGAGAUGUUGCUUAAAGAAAAUGAAAACCUAAGGAAAGAGCUAGAGGGGCACACUGAAAAAGCCAUCAAAAUCCAGAAGUUGGAGAGAGAGAUCCAGAGAAUUUCUGAAGCCUAUGACAACCUCAUGAAAGCAUCAUCCAAACGUGAGAUACUGGAAAAAACAAUGAGAAACAAAAUGGAGGGAGAGAUUCGGCGGCUUCACGACUUCAACCGUGAUCUCAGAGAAAAGCUGGGUUCUGCCAAUAAACUGCUGACCACUAAGGAGUGCGAGGUAUCGGAAGAUGGACAAAGUAUUCUCAGCAAGUUGAUCAUUCAAAACAGGGAACAGCAGCAAGAGAAGGAGCAGCUUCGGAGAGAGUUGAGCCUUUCGUGCAGCAGGAAUGACGAUCAGCACAGGCGAAUGCAGUUGCUUGACCACGCCCUCAACAGCACGCAGUCCAAAGUCGUGCGGCUCGAAGAUGAGUUGCGGAAGAAGCGAGCCUACGUGGAGAGGGUGGAGAAGUUGCAGCAUGCUCUGACCCAGCUGCAGGCAGCGUGUGAGAAACGCGAGCAGCUGGAGCUGCGGCUGAGGAACCGACUGGAACAGGAACUGAAGAGUCUACGGACACAGCAGCGCCAAGCAACAGCCCAGAACACUGGAGCUGCAGAGUACAGUGCACCAGCGUUGAUGGAGCUGCUCCGUGAGAAGGAAGAGAGGAUUCUGGCUCUGGAAGCUGACAUGACCAAAUGGGAACAGAAGUAUCUGGAGGAGAGCACCAUGCGGCAGUUUGCAAUGGAUGCAGCUGCCACAGCAGCAACCCAGAGAGAUACCACGAUCAUAAACCAUUCCCCCCACCAUUCACCCAACAGCAGCUUCAAUGAUGGCUCUUUGGAGAAGCGAGUUUACUACGAGAAUGGGGAGGUUAUUGGGACUAACCAUCGGCACCAGGAGAUGGAGAGCAGGAUUAAGGCCCUGCAUGCGCAGAUCCUGGAAAAGGAUGCUAUCAUCAAGGUCCUCCAACAACGCUCCAGAAGGGACCAGGUGAAGGCGGAGCAGAUUUCAUUGAGGCCAGCUCGCUCAGUGCCCUCCAUCGCUCUGUCUGCCGGCAUGUCUCUGACCAGUGACCGGUGCCCGGAUAAAACAAGCAGAGGCAGCUCAGGUGCUGGAAGCAAAGGGUACAUUGAGGAUCAAAUAGUUGUCCUGGAGCCCCGUCCCCUGUCGGGCCACACUAAACACAGCAGCCGAGAUGGCAGCACACAAACGGAGAAGGAGGGCGAUGCAGUGCAGUCGGCCCAGGGCAGCUCGCAGGACGAGACUUUGGUCAACUCACGAGCAGCCAACUCAUUAGAUUCACUGCAGCCACUGAAGCAGAUCAGCCCCAACAUUAUCAGAAAAGCAGAAUCAUCAAACACUGAGAUGGUGGAAAUUCUCAUAUGAAAAAGACUUCUGGCAGUACACAAGGGACUUCUGUGAAAUAAAAGGGCCUCCAUAUCUGGAAAACCUUUUACUGUCCUCUACCAAGUUAUCAGAAUGUGGAACCAGGACAGAAACAAAGGAAAUAUGAACAAUUCCUGCAUAAAUGUGUGGAGACGGAAUAUGAUUUUUUUUUUGGGGGGGGGGAGAGAGGGAGAUGUGGCCUUCAAUGCAUCAGAUCCAUAAGCUGCUAUAACACUGUGUUCAUUUGAGGGUUAUACACACAAGAAGAGCUGAGCUAGUCUUUGUGCCAUGUGUGAGCCUUCCCUGAGUGGCAGGAAACACUCGUAAACUAAUCCAAACUAUUCAAACUGCUGUGAAGCUCCAACCUGUGACAGACACUUUGGUGUUGCAGAAGUCAGUAUUUUUGCAUCCAACUGCCAAGCAUACAAGCUUCACAGCAGUAUUAAUAUAUAUAAUUACAAAUAUCUGGCACAAAACUGUGCUAUAUGUAAUAUAUACUGUACAUAAAGCUGUAAAUUAAUCUCUAUUCUAACAAGCUCUUAGUUUCAGCUUUAGACUCUGUGCAAUUCUACUAACUCUUUGCCGUGACUAAAAACAUCUACUAAACCUCUUGCGCCAUUUCUGCCAGCAAUGGGCACGGUAUCUCUCCCUCUUCCCAUCCUCCACUUCUUUCUUUCUGCACUUUCUGUGCUAGCCUUGAUCGUUACUUCAGUUCCAACUCACUUUGCAUUGACCCCAAGAUUUUCAUAGGUGACUGGGUAGUUCUCCCUUUCAUUGUACUCUGCUUGGAGAACCCCCUUCCCCAGAUCCACACUGCCCUGGGCUGCAUGUCAGCAUUGGCACAGGGAGAUUCCACAUCUCGUAGCAGGAAUGCCCAGGUGAUGGGGCUCUCCCAGAACUGUAAUAUCUUAAUGAAAGCUUGUGUGUGUGUGUGCGUGUGCAAAGGGGUGACAUUACCCACACCUUUCUGAAUGAAACAAAGCAUUUUUAAAAGAGAGCGGAAUUCUUGUGGCUGCCAGAUGCAGGAGUCUCCAAGCAAACUUUCAGAUCUUUCGCGGAGUUAAGUGGCCCCCCAAGCUCCCUGAUUCAACCACCAGUGUUUAGAGGAUGUAUCGUUAAUUCAGCAAUCCAGAUGGAGGAGCGACGAGAGUGAGGUCAUGGGGUGCUGAUUGUGUCAGGUUUAAACCCUCUCGCUCUCCUUCAGUCACACCAUUUAAUUAAAUGGUGCCCACGUAAUUCUGAUCCAAAAUGGCCCUCCCAGAAUCUACAACCGAGCCUCCAUUGCCCCAGCCUACAACUGCCCACACACACAGCAGCACAAUGGCCCUGUUCAUCACCCUGCAUGCCUCAUCCCAUAUGAGCUCAUAUCAGACUUCAUGUCAAUAUUGGUAUACGAACAGCAGGGGUGAGGGUACAGUUCCAUUAAUGUUCCCUGCCCUGCACCCCCUGGCUCUGAGUGGCCCUGGUGUAUGCACCAUCUUCCUGUUCCCUGUGUGCAGCCACCAGUUCUUGCCCUGAUGGAGGUGGCUGAGCACAAAAGUGUCAGUCAGAGUUGGGCCACAGACUGGCAGCUGGUUUCUGCCACACCGACUAUUCAUCAUUUCCAAAUAACAAUGCGAAAGAGUUGAUUGGAGGACUGUCAGGGUUACAGCCAAGGUAUGAACUUACAAUUGUCCCAUCAUUCACUGGUGAAUUUGAGCUUGGGCCAAGAACACUCCACUGACUCAUUCUGGGAACAGGUGCAGGCUGUGAAUAGGGUCUGAUGCCACCUGUGGCCAAAUAGCCUGCGGGGAAGAUGCCUAGGCCUGUAACCUAAAGUAUUAAGGAUACCCAUCGCAGCAAAACCCAUGAAGAGGAGAUCAGGAUUAGCGUCUCCUGUUCCGCCACACAAGUGGGUGCAGGUCAUAUGAGAACAAAUUCAGCAAUGCCAAAAGGCAGAGGGCAACCUGCUUCAUUCUGCCCAGCUUGUUACAUGCUGAUGUUUUUCCAUACAUUGUGCAAUUGCUGGCCAUUGCCUUCUCUCUGUGACGGAAUUCACAUGUACUUUGUUUACAAAAAAUAUUGUGAAGCAAAAAAAAAAAAAAAAAAAAAAUUUAAUAUAUUUUGUAUGAGUAUUUGUAUCUGACACGGCUGUAUUUUAGUGCCACUGAACCUCAUGCCAAAGAUGAUAAACUGCAUUAUUAUUGAAUAACUUAUAAAGGUAUUUAAAGGUGAAGCCAAGGCUGUGUAUUAAUGCUGAGAUUGCUGCAGCAUUCUGUACGGUAUGCGGUUAUUUCAAUUUAAUGAUGUGAAUCUCAGACCUGGGAUUUUUAUAUUGAAAUGCCAGCACACAUUUCAGUAAUAAAAUCAAAAAUUCAGUCAAUUUUA